GCAAAUGAAACCUCAGAAGAGAAGAACACUUUGGAGAUAAGCCAGCUUUCCUCCCAGACUCAGUCACUCCCAAAGGAAUUUCUAGAUGAGAAGCAUCCAGAAGAAGGAGGUGCUCCUGGCUCCUCUGAUUCCUUCAUUCAAAAGUUACCCCUCCAGCGCCCACCGAACAAACGCCGCAGCCCCGGCUCCUCGGCUAACGAGUCAAGAACCUGCUCAUAUGUCCACUGGAAACUCUGCCCGGUGCCCGCCGUACCGGGUACUGGUCCGUGUGUCCGAGAACUGCAAUGGACUCGAGAAGAAGCUGCAAAUAUAUUUCCAGAGCCCGAAGAAGUCCGGGGGAAGCGAAUGCACAGUCAAAGCCGGCCCCAUCGAAGGCACUUUCUGGGUAGAGUUUUUGGAAAGAGAAGCCAAGGAAAGAGUGAUAGCAAAGAGAGACCACACCUUGGAGGUUGGUACUACAUCACCUGUGAAAGUCUUCCUAGAAGCAAAUGAAACCUCAGAAGAGAAGAACACUUUGGAGAUAAGCCAGCUUUCCUCCCAGACUCAGUCACUCCCAAAGGAAUUUCUAGAUGAGAAGCAUCCAGAAGAAGGAGGUGCUCCUGGCUCCUCUGAUUCCUUCAUUCAAAAGGUAUUGCAGCAGGGUGCUUUCUGUCAUGAUAAACCUGCAAAGCUUCCAGUGAUCACUAUAUACUCUUCCUUACCACCUGUAUGCCCGCAUACAUGUCAUAAUGAAUCUCAGUCGUGCCAAAUGAACUGUAACCUGGAAGUAAAGAAGUCUGGACAACACUGUGAGGUUGGUAUUCUUAUUACUCCCAGUUUACAGAUAUUUCUUCGUGUGGAGGCCUACUUGGACUUCAACCUUUCCAAAGAACAAAGGGAGAAAAUUAUUAACCUCUGCCCAAAUCUCAAAAUAGAAGGAGGCUGUGAUGGAUUAGAAAAAAUCAUUGGCGACUACCAUGACAUUAUAAAAAGUCAUCAAUUCUUAAGUGAGGGAUGUUGGAAAAUGACAAAAAGGAAGAUUUUCCCCACUGCACCUCAGCAACAGGAGUCAAGAAAAUCAUGCCAAAUGACUGGGACAGUCGUAUUCUUCACUCAAACCCAACACGCAGAACAGAAGAGGCAGACUAUCUCAGUUCCUUCACAUUUGUAUGAAUAUUUUAAAUAUUUCUUUGCUGAAACUUUGAACAGAAUAGAAAAAGAGCACAAAGUACAUAUCAAAAGUACUUUGGCAUAUCAUGCUGGCAAUGUCGGUUUAAAUUUUGAGACAAGUAAUCCUAGGGACAGAAAAGCAGCUCAAGAAGCUUUUACCACAGCAUUUCAGAGGGAAAUACAGAAUGUGACCUCUCAGGAAGUUCAUUUCACAGAUGAUAAGCUGGCACUUGAAGUCCAGAGAACACUGACCAAUGUGUUUAAAAACCUCCAUGUGAGAGCAGAAGGAAAAGUCUUGAUUCUCCAGGGAGACCCCAAGGUUAUUUUAGAAGCUAAAGGUUUCAUUGCAGCAAACUUCUCCCACAAACAGCCUGUGAAAAUAAUGGUUUCCCAAAACAUGAUGAAGAAUGGAAUUGAGGUCAAUACUGCUCAGUUGGAUCUUCUGCACCAAGAAAACGAAAUAGAGAAAAAAUAUGACACUGCAGCAGCAAUGGCGAACAACCCCCAAACUGGGAAAACCCUCCUUGUGUUUACACCAAAAGACAACGGCCUAGACCUCUCUGCACACGCUUAUCAAUAUUUUAUUGAUGUUUUUCAGAUGUACUCACAGCAGAUUGUCAAAGAGGAGGUUAUCUUAAAACCAUUAGACCAAAAGAGAAAGUUUUGGUCUGAAAAGACAUUCUUUGAAGACUUUGAAACAAAGCACCAACAUGUAAACUUGAAGUGGAAUGAAGGAGAAUUGACAUUGACUGGUUUUUUCAAGUAUCUUGCAGAGGCAGUGAAAUAUGCAAAGAGAUAUUUUAGUAUUGAAGGUCCUGCUCAGCAGAGACCACCUUUCUCCCUUGGAGAGAAUUGGAAUGAAGACCCCAAAUCCACUUUGGACAAAAAUAGUCAUAAUUUCAAGGUGACUUUACCUUUGUCCGAGGGAUUGCCUACCUGUGGGGUUUUAGAAGAAGAGAAGGAUGAAGGAAAGGAGGAGUGUGUCAUCUGUAUGAACAUUAUUCACCACAAAGUAGUCCUCCCAAAGUGCAAGCAUGAAUUCUGUGACACUUGUAUCAAAGAGGCCAUGAAACAUAAGCCAGUGUGUCCUGUAUGCCAGACUUCCUAUGGUAUCGUGAAAGGGAAUCAGCCAGAAGGAAGAAUGUCUUGCCUUUACCGUACUUAUUCACUUCCUGGUUAUACUUCAUGUGGCACUAUUGAGAUUCAUUAUGACAUGAGUGGAGGCAUACAGACGGGAGAUCAUCCCAACCCAGGAAAACGCUAUGAAGGAACAAGACGGGUGGCAUACUUGCCAAAUAAUAAAGAAGGAAAUCAGGUUUUGAGUCUCCUCCGCAGAGCUUUUGAGCAAAAGUUGAUUUUCACAAUAGGAGAGUCUCGGACAACAGGACAUACAGAUGUGAUCACAUGGAAUGAUAUACACCACAAAACUCAAAGAUCUGGUGGCCCGGAAAACUUUGGUUACCCUGAUCCCAACUAUCUGGAACGAGUCAAGCUGGAACUGAAGGCAAAAGGGAUUGAGUAAGAGCGCUGGCUUCAAGGAUGCCUUGAGAGCUGGGCUUGCAAAAGCUGCAGCUGUGGAAAGGAAUCUACGCAAUCAUUAAAAUAUGUGUGUAUAAGCACCAUUUAGAGAAAAAGAAAAGAAUUUGAGAAGAAAUCAGUGUGUUUAGGGGCGAGAGGGGAUGAACUGCUAUCUGCUAACCUGUCUAAUUUCUUAGAGAUUUUAUUUUUUAUUAGAUAAGCUGAAAGCCUGGUAGAAAUGUAAACGUUGCUCUAGUAAGAACCCAGUGUAUCUCUUGGUGCUUUCCUGCUUUUCU